AUGGCAGACUGGAGGGAACGGGGCUAUGUCCCAGAUUCAGAUGAUGAAGACGAAGAAAGUCUGGGAAAGACGUCAUUUGGUGAUCAACUCUCUGGUAGCAGGAUCGAUCAGAAGCCUGCUGCGACCACCGACGACUUAACCAUCUUGCAGGAUGUCGAAGAAGAUGCCGCAAAGUCUGACGAAUUGCCGGCAUCCUUGGUAGUCUCCAGUCCAGCGACUCACUUCGAACACUCCGAUGCCAAGCGAAGCCACGAAUCCGGCCGCAAGCCUUCUACCGAGCAGCCUGAGAAGGAGAACAGCGCCUCAACUGAUGAUGGUGCACAGCGCUCAAGGUAUGGUAUCUCGGUCGUUGCACAAUUAGAAGCUCAACUCCAACAUGGACUCGAAGUGUGCCGGGGUAUCAGGUUGAGUCCUCCACCGCACCCGCCUCCAUCAGAAGCUAGUAGUAGCCCACUUUCUUCGCCCCCUGAGUCACUCGUGGGAUCACCAGAGAGGGCGUCGACACACCAAUCCACUCCACGACAGGCACUAUCAGCAGCGUCUGACGACAUACCAUCGUCUACAGCGAGGUGGCAGAAUGCUGCGACAUUUAGGUCUCUGCGGCAUCGGACUGCAGCUCAGCUCCAUCCUUAUAGCAUCGACGCUGUAAAGCAUCAGACAGAGUGGGCAUCUCGUGGUCUGAGACCGGUGCGUGUCAGGGAUUUGGAUGAUCGACUCCGCUACAACAUCGCGAAAUACAGAGAUGAAUCUCAGGCAGAAUCGGCUUUUCAGUCAAGUUCGAUGGGGUCGCCACCAAAGCGGUUCUCGGCCGACGAGAAUGUAGAAGCGAACGAAGAAGAUGAGUCGCAAGAACCCCUUCGGAGACUGCCUUCCUCAACUAUGCAGACGCUCAAUGCACAUGAUGCCUCAGAUGGCGAUCUGGAUCAGCUCAUGGGCAUCAGACCCAAAACUUUCCACGCAGAGGGCCGUAAUCGCCGGAAGAAGAUUGUUCAGAAUAAAAAUCUCCCCAGGCAAAGACUUCUCCCAUCGGUAGAGAUACCUGGGCAUCCGGACGAGGCUGAUCGACUUACGGAGUCAUCGUUCUCGAUUUUCGAUAUGCCACCUUCGCCGCCUCGAUCCGGGAGCUUGGCCGCAGCAAUAGGACCUGUCUCUGCGACACCAAGACGCCCACCAACGCCUGUCAUAUCAUCCGACAAACAGCACGGCAAGCGUCGUAUAAUUGAAGUCUCAAGCUCGUCUGAGGAAAUAGGUUCUGGUGGCGACCUAGAAGAUGAAGACUCGAGCAGUGGCACAUCCAGCAACGAAAGACCACAAAACCUAGUGCAUAUUCGCCGCCGGAUUCGUGGUGUGUUGCCAGCUUCAUGGCUCAAGUUGGACGCUCAUCAGCAGAAGAGCAAAGCGAGCACACAUGCGUCUGUUAGGUCUCCAGACAAGCGUCCUGCUAAAGGUGUCGCUCGCCACGUUCCUCGACGUCCGAUACCAAGCGCAGGUGCACGACCCGAGCUCCUUGACUUUAGCUCUGGUGGCGAAGAAAGCGAUUCCUCAAGCAAGCAGAAAGUGCAGGCCUCGAAGCUUCGCCCUACAUCUGAGCCCGAGGGAGAAGACCUGGUCAUGGACGACUUAGUCGAAGAGGACACAAUCGAUCGCAUGCUACCUGGCGCUUCGAGGGGUCGAAAUACUCAGAAACCUCGUAAGAAGCGCCAGCAAAGACUAGACACUUCCUGGGUGACAGACCGCACUACACAGCAUGCCACGCCAUAUCCAAAUACCACACCGGCAGUCAACAAUCGCGUUGGUGUCACUGGUCUGUCGAAACAGAAACCAAAACGGCUAAAGAUGAAAUCGGUUCCUACACAACUGAGCAUCCUCGAUGCGCCAGGACUGAUGGGACUUAGCUAUGCCCAGCAACCGCAGUUUCUUCGCGUGGCUGCGCGUUCAAAGGUCCCAGGCCGAAGAGCCAAACCUCAGGACGCCACACAAAAGUUCUUCAAGUUAGCGAAUUCUCAAGACACGGCUGAUGUGAAUGAGGAAUUGAGUAAUUGGCGAACAAACCGCCAAACUCACAGGUGGGCCAAGUCACGUCAAAGCACUGCUUUCAGGCUGGAUGAACAGCAUCACCCGCGACAACCAUUUAUCACUAGUGUGCAACGGUUUCAGGAUGGCCACACAACGACAACGACCCACGACAGUCCCAACAUCUCAAACACUGUACAACUCCUCAAGAAUUCGACUGCCGCUACCCUCGCUCGUCUUCAGCAGCGGUCUGAAGCCGAUCGAGGCCAGUUGAAGUCGUCCGUGUCCCAUCCUGCCCCAAUAGCGCCUCGCAGAUUGCAGGCAGGCUUCGUUUCGUGGCACAGUAACCGCGCCGGUCGAGGUAACUUCUGGUCUCGUAUGCUUGAAAGACCUACACAACUGGAAACUAUCGAUCCUACGUCGUUAACGAAAAAGCGUGUUCCUCGUCUUGCUCCAUCGUCGCGACCACGGUUGGCAAUGGAGGUCCAGCAGGCACCGCAGCCACGCACUUUGACAUCCGGCUCUUUUCCCUCACGGCCAAAGAAGCUAGCGAAGCCCGUGCCAACAUCGGCACCAGUUACUACCGGCCAAGCCAUGGACAACAUGGCACACACCAGCGAGUUUGUCUCAAUCCCACAGCCUGCACACCGCACCCACAACACUACAAUCGAAUUGGCAGUGUCCAGAGCGGCAGCAGUCAUUCAGCCUCUUGCCGAAAGCAGACUUGAGUUGUCUUCUUUCAUAACCGAGGGCAAGCUCACAGCUGUCAUAGAGUCAGCAGUCACACGAAAGACGCUGCCAGAAGCGAUUGUCGCGGCCGAAACAACUCUAUGGACACUGAAGAGCAAGCGUGAAAUAUGCUGCACAGACGACACUGCAGAAAUCAUGGCAUUCAUCCAAGAAACCAUGGACGAAGCUCUGGAUAUUGUCUCAACGAAGCCUGGCAGCAAUUGCAUUAGCGAAGCAUGCGCCAGCGUCGAACCUAUCAUCGAAUUUUUCAACCAAGGCAUCAACUCAUUCAACGAUUCGAAACGCGUAGACCUUAUCCUUGGGAUGACUCAACAUUUGGACGCAGCGAUCACUUACAUAUCCUCCCAAAUCAGCGAGUCGAGUAAUCUCUCUGCAUCUCUUAGUCUGCUGAACCAAUUCAUGAUAUUGGCAUUUCAAGUCUUUAUGGCAACUCGGGCCACGACAGGGCCCGAGUGGACAGCUUCGGCCAAUUGGGAACGAGCCAGAUCCGUCGCUCUGGAGUUGCUGGUGAGCACCAAAGGUCUGCAAAAGCUCAGUGAACCCUCGACGUCUUGGGAGGACAUUGCACUCGAUCCUGACGCUCUGCUGUAUCUUCAGUCGCUUAUGCUUGUGUUGCAUCUCACUGAGGCGGCUGGGCGGCACCACGACCUAGACACACUUCUGCUUGAAGCCGUGAAAACCUCCUGCGGCGAUUCUACUACGGCAUGUUUGGCGACUGCAGUGCUGCUCGUGCCUACAAUCUAUCCAUUGUCAUUUAUGGACGACAGAGGUGUGUUCAGAAAACACCGAACGAUUUCCUUUGAUGCUUGGUCACUCCUGGGACCAUCUCUGAAGGCUUUCCUAGAAGAUUUCAUGGGCAAGAAGCAGCAUCGCAAAGAAAGUAUGGCGAUUGGGCUGAAAGCACUGGAAAUAUGCUUGUCCCUCGCAGCGGAUCAUGCUUGGGUUAUCCCAGAUACCCUGCUCCAACUAUUGUUCAAGUACUACGGACGAAAUGAUAUGGUUGAGCUCUUUGCUGAACCAAACAUCCUCCGAGCAGUCGAACGGGUCUCUAACUAUCCUGUCACCGACCCCGGGUUUAGUGCUACCGAUUUCGAUAUAUUCCUACGCCUGGUUGCCAUAGCCUUGGAACAAAGAUCUCUGGACCUGGAAAGCUCAAAUAACGCGCUGUCAAAAAAGAACAAGCUCAUAGGUCUGGUCUUCAGUCUCGCGCCCAACUAUUCUCGUGUCAUGAACGAGCAAGAAGACAUUCAUGCUGCAGUCUAUCAGACCAUGACCAACACGUACGCUCUGUACGCGACGCUAUACAGCUUUGCUCCCCGGGGCUGUGGACCAAGAGUCGCUCAGAUUGAGAAUCUCCUCGACUUCUCUACGAGUCAUUCGAGGGUAAGAGAUCUCACGAUUGCGUCUUGGGCACGUAUGUGUCGGACUGCAGUCGUGAAAGGCGCGGAUCCGGCCGAAGUAAAAGCCUUGAGCAGUCUAGGCCAUCAGAUGUGGAGAGCUCUUGCUAGCAAGGUCACCACUGCACUGAACUCUGAAGCAGUGUUUGGGUCGUUCUUCGUUCACAAGCACAACCUUGAUAACUGUCAACCUGUCAUGGUUCAACUAGCAAACAUGCUCCGCAACUGGAUGACUGCUGUCAGCCUCUGCACCGUACCAGCCGAUGCUGAAGCUCUGGUUGAUGCAGACUUUCUCAAAGAGAUACUUCGCAUGUUACAGUUCUUGCAAAAUCACUUCGAGAAGCUGCAGUCAAUUCACAAGGUAGCCUUUGAUGCCCUCAUUGCUGAGUACCGCAAGCACGAUCUUGAUUUGUCGAUGCUGAGAUUGGUGAGAGCAGUCUGUAUGGGGGUGUCUCCGACAUUACAAGCUCAAGCGAUGAGAACGGCGCGUGAAAUCGUCUCUGCGAUACUAUCAAGCCGCGAUGAGUCUACACCGAGAUUGGAGAUAGUCAUAAGCAUCUGGUUUGACAUCGCCCGGCAGGAUGUUGGUACUAACCGAGAUCGAUGGGACCAGUACUUGGAGUCCACGUCUUCGUUAUCUUUGCGGCUCCUGGCAAACACGGGAAUAAGCCAACAGUGCGAAGCCUUGCUCCUGAGCCAUAUCGUCUGGAAGAUUCCGACUUACUUUGAGUUGGACCCAGAAUCGCUCUACUCCCGGUGGCUGAAAUGUAUCCUCAAACCAACAUCCGAACUACGGUUCGAACACAUUUUGACAAGCCGAGUUAUGUGGAGAAACCCUGGAAACCUGCCAUUGCAGGAGCUCGGUGACUUGAUGGGUGACAGUCAAGGUCGAGACAUGACACUCGGGGUGUUCAAAGAUUACCGAACUGACAUUGUCAGACACAUCAUACGCUCCAUCUAUGGAUUGCAGUUCACUGGGCCCGAAGAUAGCCAAGAUCUCAUUGAGGAGCUUGUCGACGAAGAGAGUGGACGUCGCCUCCUGCUCAACAUAGCAGAGACUAUGAAAAGCAGUUGGCUACGUUGCUACCACGCCGGAGGUGAUGACUCGUAUACGCAGUUCGUUCAAGCCAUCGUCCACGAGAUCGAGAUCUACCAGUUCCCUGGUUUCAAGCUAGACGUGUGGUUCACAGAUCCUCAGAGAAGCGAGUUUCCUGUUGCUGAAGAUCGUUUCCAGCUGCUCUUCACACGUCGACCUGGCUCAUUCAAUCGCGAGUUGGACGUCGCAUUUGUCACGCGUUUCCGCCAGGACAAUCAGAAGAUGUCGAACACACCUAGACAAACCGACUGGGUACAGAAGAUGAUUGCGGCGCUCUCCUGCAGUACCUCUUUCGAAGGCACUAAUUUUGACAGCCAGCCAACCAUGGAUGGGCGACUACAAGUGCAAUUCAUGCAGAACGUCCUUUCUGUCUACAUUCAAUUUACCUUUUCAAAAGGCCCUCGCCAUGCUGUGUGGACCAUUCCGGUGAUUCAGAUCCUCAUCCGGGUCAUCAAGGAUAUACAUCUUCGAAAGGACCUUGCGGAGACAGGCCGGGAUGAAGAACUCGCCGCCAUGUGUAUGGAACUCCUUAUGCACGCCCGUCAAGCGCUCGAUGCUCUCGUGCGUUGGGAUGCCCCUCGUCGACGACACGUCAUGAUGCUCGCCAUCAAACUCAUCGAACUCGCUUCAUGCUGCAUCAGCCGGAUUCACAACUUCUACAUGUGCAACCCCGAGUCGGAGAUCUUUGAGGAGCUUAUUGGACCCAUGGUGAGCAUGGCAAGUGCCAUCCACGAAUGCAUCACAGAUAAACGCUUCGACGCCCGUGUCGGCACAGACGAACCUGGUCCGGUGCCGCCUGGAGAAACAGCUAUGACUUACAUCCCGAGGCAUGUGCGCGAAGGCCCAGUGCCCGGCACAGUUGCCGAAAUUCGCCAGAUGACCGUCAAUGAUAUCGACGAAGCCCUCACGCGCGGUUGCCAGCCGGGAGGGCUUGGCGAGAACUGGUCGUUCUGGUCCGAGGACAUGUGCAAGACGUACACGGGUUGGGAGGCGUAUCUGGGACAGGAGAUCAAUUUACUGUGGACCGCAUCGCAGGAGUUCUGCCGUCUGGCGAGUGCGAUAGGCGUUGUCGAUGGCGACAUUGGUUGGCAGCAGUGGGAGAAUCUCGCGAGGUAUGGUUCGAGGUCCGUCCCCGCUGAUCCGCCGGUUCAGGAGCAGGAGGAACAGGGACCAUUGCUGUCCUUUGAUUGUCAUAAUCUAGCGGACAUCGAGGAGGCAUUGAAGUAUGAGUAG